CGUGAGUGCGGACCCCUGGCGCACUCUCCCUCCCUCGCGCCCGGCCGCGCGCGCGCGCUCUCUCCCCUUCUGCUGCUCUCUCCGCCAGGAGCCGCCGAACGAUGCGAUCGCUCGCAGCCAGCGCCGCCGCCGCCCAUUAGCGACCCCCCCUCUCCCCGCCUGCCUUCCAACAAAAACCCUCCCGCCAGAGCAGGAUCCACCCUUUCCCCUCCCCCCCACCGAGCCCUCUUCCUCCUCCAUCGGGAAGAGCUCAGCCUUUUCUGCACCAGCCCCAGUGCCUGCCUGCAGCCCGGCUCCCACUUGGAUGCAUUGAUUGCUAGAGGGAGAGGUAAAGGAGGGGAGGACAGCCAAGAAAGGAAAAAAGGGGGGGACGCAUUUGGUUGCCCAGAUUUUUUUUUCCCCCGGGGGGGUGAUUUUUUCCCCCUUUCCCUCGGAGUGUCUGAGAAGGGGGGAGGCGCCCGCCGAGAGGUGUUUUUUUCUGGGGGGCCAUCAUGGGAUGUACACUGAGCGCAGAGGAGAGAGCCGCCUUGGAGAGGAGCAAAGCGAUCGAGAAGAACCUCAAGGAGGAUGGGAUCACCGCCGCCAAAGACGUGAAAUUACUCUUGCUAGGGGCUGGAGAAUCUGGGAAAAGCACCAUUGUGAAGCAGAUGAAGAUCAUUCAUGAAGAUGGUUUCUCCGGAGAAGAUGUGAAGCAGUACAAGCCUGUGGUCUAUAGCAACACUAUUCAGUCCCUGGCAGCUAUCGUCCGUGCCAUGGAUACCUUGGGCAUUGAAUACGGUGAUAAGGAGCGAAGGGCUGAUGCUAAGAUGGUCUGUGAUGUAGUAAGUCGAAUGGAGGACACAGAGCCCUUCUCUCCAGAGCUGCUGUCCGCUAUGAUGAGACUCUGGGCAGAUUCUGGAAUCCAGGAGUGCUUCAACCGGUCCCGGGAAUAUCAACUUAAUGACUCUGCCCAAUACUACCUAGACAGCUUAGAUCGAAUCGGAGCUCCAGACUACCAGCCAACAGAGCAGGAUAUACUUCGAACCAGGGUCAAAACAACCGGCAUUGUAGAAACCCAUUUCACAUUCAAAAACCUCCACUUCAGGCUGUUCGAUGUGGGAGGUCAGAGGUCAGAACGUAAGAAAUGGAUCCACUGCUUUGAGGACGUCACAGCGAUCAUUUUUUGUGUCGCGCUGAGUGGUUACGAUCAGGUGCUCCAUGAAGACGAAACCACGAACCGCAUGCAUGAGUCUCUCAUGCUCUUCGACUCCAUCUGUAACAACAAAUUCUUCAUCGAUACCUCCAUCAUUCUCUUCCUCAACAAGAAAGACCUAUUUGCCGAGAAGAUCAAGAAAUCACCUCUGACCAUCUGCUUCCCUGAAUAUACAGGCCCUAACACUUACGAGGACGCAGCGGCAUAUAUCCAAGCACAAUUUGAAAGCAAAAACCGCUCCCCCAACAAGGAGAUUUACUGUCACAUGACUUGUGCGACGGACACGAACAACAUCCAGGUGGUCUUCGACGCUGUCACCGAUAUCAUCAUUGCCAACAACCUCCGAGGCUGUGGCUUGUACUGACACCUUCUCGUCCUGUAUAGCAAAGCAACUCCUUUGACCACUUCACGGACUCUCCUGUUGGCGUUCUCCUUACCGGUAGCAUGACCUUUUGGCCUUUUGCAUAAGACACAGCCUUCCUUACUGAGUCAAUGUAUAAUGUUCUGAACAUGGAAUGAUGGCUGUGUGUUUCCGUAGACUGCUGUAGAUCUGGUUUUAGCUGAGUCUUUACAUUUAGAAGCUAAAAGAUUAAAAAGGAAGAAAAAAAAAGAAAAAUGAAAAAAACCUUUUUUUC